GCAGAUCAAAAUCUAGUCAUAUGAUUAGAAGAAGAAUCUAACUUGACAAAUUAAAUUCUGCUGCUCAAAGACAGAACCUUUCAACCAAAUUGUCUCUCUUUUCUUCUUCAUUCUUAAAAGAUUCUUGUUUCGGAGGAGAAAACAGAAAGAUGGGAGGUGAAGAUUGGAUAGAACUCAAGUUCAGACUCGCAGAUGGCACCGACAUAGGUCCCACCAAGUACAGUCCAUCUAUGACCGUCUCUUCUCUCAAAGAGAAGAUCAUUUCUCAAUGGCCUAAAGACUCAGAAUAUAUUCCACUGAGUGUUAAUGAUGUGAAGCUCAUCACUGCCGGUAAAAUACUUGACAACAAUAGGACACUCGCUGAAUCCAGGCUUCCCGUUGGAAUGAUCAGCACCAUGCAUCUUCUUCUUCCCCCUCCUACUUUACACAAAAAGAGCGAAAAACUUCAAGUUGAUCCUCCAAUAAAGAACCGCUGCUUGUGCACCAUUUUGUAAAUUGGAUCAUAGAGAUUUUUUUUAUCCUUUCCUAAAUUAUAAUAAUAUAGGACUGGGUGAUGAUGCUCCAUUGAACAGUUUCCACAGCUUUAAACAAGCUUUGAGAAGUUCCCUUCAGUAACAAGAUGAUUGGGCAUAGACUUGAUCUUCAGAACAGAGUUUGGUUUUCAUUUGUGUGAUUUAUUUUUCAUUUUUACUUCAUUGUUUUAUCAUAAAGGGGUCGAGAUUAUGUACUAUGUUUUUUAAAGGAUUUUUCUUUUAUAUAUACAAAUGUUUAGAACAAACAGUUUAUUAUAUUUUUUUGUCACUAGAACAAACAGUUUAUAAGACCGAAAAUAACAGGAAUUUACUUA